AUGAGAUGGGGUCAUAAAGCUAAUCCGGAUAGGUGGUUCAUAAACUUACAACCUCAAUUCCAAGAAGUUGUAGACGCAAUGGAAUUGAAUGGUGAACCAGAUAUAGCUGGUAUUUUCAGCGCGGCUUUAAUGCCAUUGAAAGAUAUGAAAGAUGCAGAUAUUUUGGACCAGUAUGAAAUGAACAUGGCUGAGGGAAAUAUAACACCUGACGUUCUAGAACAUUUAUCUCAAAGAACUACACAGAACCAUAGAGAUGGUAUAUUUGGUGAAGAGUUUAGAAAGAAAGUUAGGGAGAGAGAAGGAAGAGAACCUAUUGUACAUGACCUUGCAAACGAAAGUUUGCAAAAUGUCAUAAAAACUUACUUUGCAGACAAUGAACUGAGAAGGGAUGAAUAUUUAAGAAAACUCAAAUGGACAGUACCAAAUGAAAUGUUAGUAUUGAAAAACAUGCUCCAUGACAAAAUAAAACCAACUACAGAAAUAAAUGACGCAAGACUGAAACGUUGGGUAAAAGCUUUCCCAUUCACAAAAGAUAUUAUUGGUUACAUGGAAAGAAAACCAGAAUGGCUACAAAAACAUAUAUUUGGAAACGAGCUUAUUCCAUGGACAAGCUAUAUUUGA